AUGGAUGAAGAGGCACCACUCCUUGCCGAAACAACAGAUUCGAAAACCCCAGCGAAGAACCACACGAGAGACGUGCAUAUUCUGAGCUCGGCCUUUUUGUUGAUUUUCUUGGCUUAUAGUGCCGCUCAGAACUUGGAGAGCACAAUUAACACUGAGGAAGAUUUAGGCACAAUUUCGCUUGGAAUUUUGUAUUCGUCAUUUACGGUUUUCUCUUUGGUUGCUUCAUUGGUGGUCCGAUAUCUGGGAUCGAAAAAUGCUCUUGUUCUUGGUACCACUGGGUAUUGGCUGUUCAUAGCAGCGAAUUUGAAGCCAACAUGGUACACAAUGGUUCCAGCUUCUUUAUACCUGGGAUUUGCUGCUUCAAUAAUUUGGGUUGCAGAGGGGACAUAUAUUACUUCCACUGCACGCAGUCAUGCACAUGAUUGCAACCUGCAUGAAGGAACUGUGAUUGGUAAAUUUAAUGGAGAAUUCUGGGGAAUGUUUGCCAGUACUCAGUUAAUUGGAAAUCUUCUCUCUCUUGCUCUGUUGAGUGGUGGGACGGGCGGAAGUACCAGUGGCACAACUUUACUAUUCAUUGUGUUCCUUUGUAGUAUGACCUUAGGUACCGUACUUAUGUGCUUCUUACAGAAGCGGGACGGUAAAGGAGAGGAGAGUUUACCAGAUUCUUCAGUCAGUUUCUACUCUUCAAUCAUUUCUCUAUCAAAAUCUGUCAUCACUCCAUUGUGCGACUUGCGAAUGCUUUUAAUUAUCCCCCUCAUUGCAUAUUCAGGCUUACAACAAGCUUUUGUAUGGGCUGAAUUCACCAAGGACAUUGUGGAACCUGCACUUGGUGUGUCUGGUGUAGCUGGUGCUAUGGUAGUGUAUGGAGCUUUUGAUGCAAUAUGUUCAUUGACGGUGGGUCGACUUACCUCUGGUCUCAAGUCAGUCACUCUAAUAGUUUCUGCAGGAGCCUUUAUUCAGUUUAUUGUAUUCCUCUGGAUUCUGCUGAAGUAUUGUUUGACUAGUGAAGGACUUGGCACCGUAUACCUUUUUCUCAUUGCAGCCGCAUUGGGCAUCGGCGAUGGAGUUCUCAAUACACAGCUUAGUGCUUUGCUUGGGAUGCUCUUUAAGCACGAUACGGAAGGAGCAUUUGCUCAGCUCAAGGUUUGGCAAAGUGCUUCAAUAGCCGUUGUGUUUUUCAUGAGCCCAUACAUUUCGUUGCUGGUGAUGUUAGUGGUUAUGGUUGCUGCAGUAUGCAUCGCUGUGGUUGGGUUCCUGUUUCUUACCCUUCAGGUAGAGAGAGCAUUUUCCUCUCAUGAUGCCGAUAUUUAGUGACCGAAAAUGUAAUGAACUUUUGUCUCUAAAAGAAAGAACUUUGUCCAGGUCUUGUGCUUUCAGAAUUGGUUGAAUUGUUGGGCAUAAAGAUCGUUUCCCAAGUUUCUCUCUCUUUCAAUGUUUUUUGUUUUUUUUCCAAAUAAAUUUGUUUUUUUCAAGGGGUGAUGGGAUACAAUAACCAAAAUGCUACACGAUCUUUAUGCUUGUCCUGGGCUUCAUUGGAGUUCUAUCUUAUUGCACUUGUGGAGAAA